AUGAUUGACGAUCCUUAUUGGGGUUUUGGUGAUACUGCGAUGCGUUCUUUGAUCUAUCAAUCGUGGACAUUUACUAAAAACUUUUCUCUUCAAGUAGAUUUUCUUAAUUUGACUCAAUUUACGCUUCAUUUCGAUCAAAUUGAUACUGUUUCGAAUAUUACACUUAACGAAUGCUUUCUGGGCAAUACAAGUAGUAUGUUUAUUGCAUACACAUUCAUUGUUCAAAGAACUUGUUUGCGUAUUGAUAACGUACUUCGUGUCGAAUUUAUGUCUCCUGUAACCUACGCACUUAAUCAAGCUAUUUCCUACAAUAAAACUGUUCAGCCAACUUGUCCGAGUUCAGCACAACAUGGUGAAUGUCAUGUUCAAUUCAUUCGCAAAGAACCUUGCUCAUUCAGUUGGGACUGGGGUCCAGCUUUUGCACCUAUUGGUAUUACAGGAAAUGUUUAUCUAGAAGGAAUAAAUAGUUCUGUUCCACCAUUACAACUGGACAGUGUCAAUGUUAUUUCACAGUCAUCGGCAACAAAGGUAUGGCAAGUGGAUGUACGGCUAAGCGGUGGUGAUAACACAACUAUGUAUAAAUUUGGUUUUCAAUUAAAAAAUACUGCUUGGUCAUUCAGUGCAACUGUUAAAUUUAAUCAAAAAAUCACAAUUACUCUUUCAGUUCCUAACGAACACGUUCAACUUUGGUGGCCAAAUGGAUAUGGUGAUCAACCGCUCUACGAAUUAAUUGUAAGCAAUAAUAAUCAACCAAUCGAUUCACGAUUUAUUGGAUUUCGAACUGUUGAACUUGUUCAAAGUAAUUACAGCGAUGGUAUUAAUGGUACAUCAUUUUAUUUCCAGAUCAAUUCUCGACCUAUAUUUGUCAAAGGAAGUAACUGGAUUCCGUCUGAUUCAUUUCAAGAACGAGUUACUAAUGAAAAACUCGAACAGUUACUUACUUCAGCUAAACUAGCUAAUAUGAAUAUGUUACGUAUAUGGGGUGGUGGAAUUUAUGAACGAGAUUAUUUCUACGAAACUGCUGAUCGUUUAGGCAUUAUGCUCUGGCAUGAUUUUAUGUUUGCUUGCAGUUUAUAUCCGGUCGACGAUGUAUUUCUACUAAAUGUUCGAAAUGAAAUUUUAUAUCAAGUAGAGCGUCUUCAGUCACAUCCAUCAAUUGUCCUCUGGGCGGGUAAUAAUGAAAAUGAAAUGGUUCUUGCAUAUUAUACCAGUAUAAUACCUCCAGAAGAGCGUGAACCUUUGAAAAAUGAUUAUAGAAAAUUGUAUAUCUACACAAUAAUGGCCGCUGUUGCUGAAGUAGAUCCAAACGGUAGUCGUCCAUUUGUUCCAUCAUCACCAUCGAAUGGUAUCGAAUCCAUCAAAGAAAACUAUACAGCACAAAAUCCACAAGAUCCUUUAUUUGGUGAUGUUCAUUAUUACAAUUAUUAUAUGGAUACAUGGAAUCCAGAUAAUUAUCCAAUAGCACGUUUUAUGUCUGAAACUGGUGUUGAAUCUAUGCCAAGUAUUGAGACAUGGCAACAAGUAUCGAAUUCGACUAAAGAUUGGAACUUCACGAGUGUACUUGUACAAAAUCGUGAACAUCAUGGCAAUGGUCAACAGGAAAUGAUAAAUACAAUGGGUCUUAUGUAUUGGCAACUGAACGAUAUAUGGCAAGCACCAACAUGGUCAUCUAUUGAAUAUGGAUUAAAAUGGAAAAUGGCUCAUUAUUAUGCUCGACAUAUGUAUUCACCUGUGUAUUUAGUAAUGAAAUUAACACCUUAUUUGCCUUCAGUCAAUGAUCCAACUGCUCGACUUUGGCUCUAUCAUGUCAAUGAAUUUGUUAAUAGUACAUUUAAUGAUGUUAUUUGUACCGUAAAAUCAUUAGAUAGAUUUGAUUCUCGUAUGAUCACAGUGUACACUGUUGUUGCUAAUUCACCCGGCGUAGAAUUAGUUGAUGUGUGGAUUUAUGCGUUAUUAAUGGAACAGAGUGGUUGUUCAACCAGUAAUCAAUGUCUUAUGUUAUGUUCGCUAUAUCAUUUAGGUGAACAACUGAGCGAACAACAGACAAUUUUUUUUGCACGUCCAAAGGAUUAUCAAUUAUACAAUCCAAAUCUUCGAACGGUUUCUGUUAGACAAAGAUCAUCUACUGAAAUUGAUUUUACAAUCAAUGCUGAUAAACCUGCUCUUUUUGUUUGGCUCGAUCUAUCCAAUGAUGUUAGUGGUUAUUUUUCAAGAAACGGAUUUCACAUGUUUGAGUCAGAAAUUAUAGUUACAUUUAAAUCAUGGACAUCUUUGACAAAUAUUGAUAGUGCUAAUUUUGAUUUACGUAUUACUUCAUUGUAUGAUGUUACAAAACGGUGA